AUGAAAGGUGUUCAUUUUUUUCUUUCACUUGCUGCCUUGGCUUUGGCAGCCUCCAUAGCCUCUGCCUCUGACCCAAGCCCUCUCCAAGACUUCUGUGUGGCAGUAGAUGAGCCCCACAAAGCUUCAGUGUUUGUGAAUGGGAAAUUCUGCAAGGAUCCCAUGCUUGCCAAGGCUGAGGAUUUCUUCUUUUCUGGGCUCAACGUUCCAAGAGACACACACAACCCAGUUGGAUCUAAUGUGACACAACUGAAUGUGGACAAGAUCCCAGGACUCAACACUCUUGGAAUAACAUUGGUUCGCAUUGACUAUGCACCAUAUGGCCAGAACCCACCUCACACUCAUCCUCGUGGCUCUGAGAUCCUAGUUGUUGCCAAGGGAACUCUCUACGUGGGCUUUGUGUCAUCGAACCAAGACGGAAACCGGCUAUUUACCAAGGUUUUGAAAGAGGGAGAUGUAUUUGUGUUCCCAAUAGGUAUGAUUCACUUUCAGUUCAAUCCAGAACAUGCUCCAGCAGUUGCCUUUGCUGGUCUGAGCAGCCAAAACGCAGGAACCAUUACCAUUGCAAACUCGGUGUUUGGAUCAAAUCCUGCCAUUAACCCUGAUGUCCUUGCCAAGGCUUUCCAAGUUGACAAGAAUGUGAUUGACAAACUUCAAAAGCAGUUUUGGUAUGAUAACGACAACUAAACAUGCCAAUGAGAAGAGAAGCUAUGAGCUAAAUAAUAUUUUCUAUACUUUAUUUGUUUUGUGUUAUGCAAUAAAAUAGUAUGGUCAUGAUUGUACCUCACUGAUCUUACUAAAAAUCCAUGUAAUCUCUCAUUCUUGUCUGGUUCUA